UUCAGUUCGUUACACGCCGCCUCUUUGGAAGCAGGCUACAUUUUGGCAUUCCAAUACUAAAACUUACACAAUUCCCUAAUUCUUUUUAAUAAAAUUUCUAAAAGCGUAAAAAAAAGUAUAUCUACCGAGAAUGGUUAACAUCCACGGUGGCACUCGGAUGAUGGUGAACCGCUGCAUCGAGCUCCUCCGUGCUCGGAUCGAAUGCGCCUCCACGCGUCACAUCGCCAGGCGGUACCAGCGCCCCAGGGUGGGCAGCCCAUACCUGCCCGACGAUCAGAUACUCAGGGAGCGGGAAAAGGCGGAUGUGUACAAGAAGAACAAGCGACGCUCCAUGUGGGAGCAGGACGAUGGCCACGGCGGACGCAUCUCCGUCGGGGACGAUCAGGAACGCUUCGAUAACGAGCAGUACCAUCCGCGCGAACUGGAGAAGCGAAACUACGAGUGCACCUGGGUCAAUUUCCCGGACAGCGUGGCGACCAAGCAAAACCGCAGACGGGACUUCCUGGAAACGAUGGAUACUGACGCUCCUCGACGUCGUCGAACCCAGGGAGACAGACCGAGUACGGCAAAACCAUGUGACGACGAGGCCCGUGCCUUUAUCAACCAAUGGGACACCAAUGCGGCGAUGAUCCAGCGCAACAAAUUUGCUCGUGCCACUGAUUGCUGUCCACCACCCAUAGUAUCUCUCCGGUUGUCAAACGCCUACAACACCCGAAAACGUCAGUUCUUAUUCUAAUCCGGUUAUUUUUGACAGUUGUAUUCGAAUCAGAAAUUCUAGCAAUUGCUCAUUCUUGUAGCCUGAUCAAAUUGAUAGUGUCGAAGGCAUCAGAUUUUAAAGCGUCCAAAUCCGAAAAUGUAACUGUAUAGUGCAGAUGUCAUAUUUGUUAAUAAUAAAAUAUUUAAAUGUA